AUGGCUGAAACUCAUCUACCAGAACAAAUUACUCCAAAAGAAGAAACAAAAGAAUCCCUUUGUGAACCGACAAAAUUCAAACGGUUCACAGAGCAAUAUACUAGUUUUACGCCCGAACUAAAGUAUCUUAACGAGUUGGACGACAUUUUCCUCACCUUGAGGACAGACACAGCACAAACUAUGGAAAAGGCAAAGUCACAGUAUACUGAAGCCUUUUUUUCUAAGCUAAAACCAAGUAAUCAAGGGAUUGUAAAAGAAAAUAAUGCAACUCUAAUCAAUAAUGGAAAAGAGAAAAAAACGGCGACGAAAGUUAAGAUUCCGUUUUCAGAGGAUCGUCUCGCCGAGUUAACAAAAAACUCGAAAUACUGCACACUUCGAUUAAAAGCUCUAAAUCGCAAAGCUCAUCUUGAUAAAGCGGCUGAUAAAGAAGCUGUUCUUGAAGCUCGCGAAAAGAAUUUUCUCAAAGACUAA